AUGUUAUAUUAUUAUCUAGUAUUUACAAUAUUAAUUAAUAAAAUAUUUGCCUAAUGUGAAAGGAAUGAAAUCUAUGACUCUGUUAGAUAGUAAUGCCUUUAAUGUGAUAGUACUUGCUCAAUUUGUUAUAAUACAAAUUAAAAUUCAUGCUUAGAGUGCUCAGAUGGUUUCAUAAAAAGCUAUAUAAACAACUCGAGUUGUGUUUAAAAUUGCUAAAUUGGAGAAUUUGUAAAUAAUAAUCAAUAAUGUGAUAAGUGUUUUAUAGAAGGUUGUAUAGAAUGUGAUUAAGAUUAUUGCAUGAAAUGUAGUAAAAACUUAGAAUACGACUUUUUUACAAAUUCAUGUAUCUUGAAAAAAAGUGUUUGCUAAUCAUAAGUAGAAUUUAUUUUGAGCCUUAAUGAUUAAGAUUAAUGCUAUUAAAACUGCCCUUCAUCAUAUUAUCAAAACUAUAGACUAAAAAUAUGCUAAAAAACAGUAUAAUGCUAACAAGCUUACAAUAACCUCAAUUCUAAACUGAAUUAGAAAGUGAAAUAGGUAGAGUUAAUCCAAUAAAACCAAUAUUUAAUUAGAGCUAAUAAAUGCACAUUUUCUUUAGCUGAUUAAGAUUGGAAAAUUAUUGAUACAUAAGUUCUUUAGGAUAUAGAUAAUUAUGAAGAUUAGUAUAUGAACAAUGGAUAAGAAACUUAAGAAGUAAGUUUUAUUUUAGGAACACUUGGCGGAUGCUUAGCAGGGAGAAAAUUAAUAUUUAUUGACUUUACUGCUUAAUAGACAAUUUUUGAGAAAGAUGGAUUCGGUUAUGACUAUAAUCUUGUUUAUAUUGACAAAAUAAAUUAAAUUAUCUUUUUCUCUUAGAAUAAUAGCACUGGUAUUGAAUGGUUUGAUUUAUAAUAGAUAAAUGUAUAAGGCUAUUAUGCUAUGGAUUAAUAUUCUCUCCCUUCCAAUCCUAUUACAAUGUUUUAAAUUACAUUAAAUUCAAAGACAAUAUAUUAUAUGCAAAUUAGUAAUACAACUGUCAUAAUCUUUGCUAUUUUAGGAUAAUGA